AUGGAUGUUUACAUUACAUUUUCUGAUCAACUUGCAGAAGAAUCAUCAGAUAUGGCUAGUCUUUUUCAUUCGGAGGAACCAGUUUAUGAAGAAGUGAGGAGGUUGAACAGUGAGAAGGGAGAUCACUUGGAAAAUGAUCAGGAGAAGUCUGCAAAUCUGAUCCCCUCCAGCUUUGACCCAGUUCAAGCCAUUAUACAAGGGUUUAAAUACUUCAAGCAGAAUGAAUUUGACCCGAACAGACCGUUUUACGACGAACUUGCCAAAGGCCAGGAACCCAAGUUUCUGGUAUUCGCAUGUUCAGACUCCCGAGUGUCCCCCUCUAUCAUCUUGAACUUCAAGCCUGGGGAAGCUUUCAUGGUCCGCAACAUUGCUAACUUGGUUCCUGUGUUUGAUCAGCUAAAAUACUCUGGAACUGGCGCUGCCAUUGAAUAUGCGAUAUCGGUUCUUAAGAUACCAAAUAUCCUUGUUAUUGGGCAUAGUAGCUGCGGUGGGAUAAAAAGGCUUAUGUCCUAUCCCGAGGAUGAUUCUGCUCCUUGGUAA